UUUAGCACAGUCUUUUGUAUUUAAAAUAUUGUUUCCAGCUUUAUUUUAAGCAUGCUUUCCUGAAUUACUAUUUAACAGGGUAGAAGAGAGGGUGGAGAGGGAGGAAAUGUGGAGAGACCUGAAAUGAACUGAACUGAUCAGGACUGGACUGAUCUAAAGAAAGAACAGAGUUAUGCCAUUCCUGGGAAGCUUCCUUUCUGAGGAGCAGUUCCAGUGCUCCAUCUGCCUAGACAUCUUUGACAACCCAGUCUCCACUCCAUGUGGCCACAGCUUCUGUAUGACCUGCAUCGGAUACUACUGGCAAGGAGUUAAGAUGUGCCAGUGCCCGCUCUGCAAGGAGAACUUCAAAAAGAAGCCUGAGCUCCACAUCAACCGCACCCUCCGUGAGAUCACUGAGCAGUUCAAGCAGAUGAAAGGGGAUGCUGGAGCAUGUGGAGGGUUGGAGUGGAAAGGGGUAGAAGGAAAAAGAAUUGAGGAAAGGCCUCUAAAACAAAGACAGCUGUCAGGGGAUCUCUUCCUUGUAAUGAAACGCAAGCUUCUCAAGCCCUUUCCUUCCAAAGUGUCUCAGAAUGACAGUCACACAAUGGUGAUACAGGGAACCGAUUCAGAUAUUAUCCAGCCCCAAGAGCUCACAGGGGGGGUGUCUCUGAGGAGGUACACUCUGAGUGGAGCUGCCAGUACCAUGAAAAUACCUCGAUGUCCAAAACACCACCGUAAACUUGAUCUUUUCUGCAAAUCUGAUGGAGAGUGUAUCUGCUCUGAGUGUGGAGAUACAGAGCAUCAAUCACACCAAAUCAUCACUGCAGAAAAGGAGUGGCUGAACAACAAGACUCAGAUUGACAUCACAGAAACAAAGAUACAAGAAAUGAUUGAGCAGAGGCUGAGGAAGGUUGAAGAGAUCAAAUUUUCACUGGCAGAAAUCAAAAUGGCUGCAGAGAGAGAGAAGCAGGACUGCAUACGUGUGAUCGGAGCUCUGCUGAGUUCCAUUGAACGCAGCCAAGCCGAGCUGCUGGAGGUGACAGAGAUGAGGCGGCGUUCAGUGGAGCAUCAGGCCGAGAGCAUGCUUAGAGAGCUGGACCUGGAGGUCACUGAGCUGAGGAAGAGGAGUGCUGCGCUAGCCAAACUGGCCCAGACAGAUUGCUGCAUCAGUGGACUGAGGAGCUACUCCGACAUCAAUGCUCAACUGCCAGACAAAGACUGGACUGGAGUCUCAGUGAAAUGUAACUUUGAAACAAAAUCUUUGUACAACUCAGUCUGUCAACUGCUGAUACACUCCUGCCAGGAGCUUCAGAAACUACCUGAAAUCUAUCUGUCACCAUUAACUGAGCAGUCACUGCUGAAAGCACAUCCAAUAGAUGUCAAGACAAUACAGGAGUAUGCAGAGGACGUGAUCCUGGAUCCUAACACUGCCCAUCCUCGUCUCAUCCUGUCAGAAGACAGAAAGGAGGCGUGGUGUGGCGAAAAGCAGAAGCAUGUCCCCAAUAAUCCCGAGCGCUUCAACCGAGUAGUGGGUGUUUUGGCUCAACAGGGCUUCACGGGUGGGCAACAUUAUUGGGAAGUGGAGGUGAGUGGCAAGACUGACUGGGACCUUGGAGUAGCCAGCCACUCCGUAAACAGGAAGGGCAAAAUAACAUUCAGCCCAAGCAAUGGAUUCUGGCUCCUCUGCCUGCGAGACAAUGUUGACUACACACUCAGAACAGAGCCUUCCACCACACUUCCCCUCAAUCUGAAGCCCCAGAAGAUUGGAAUAUUUCUGGACUACGACAAAGGCCAGGUGUCCUUCUAUAAUGUGGAAGCUAAGAUGCUCAUCUACACAUUCAUGGACACUUUCAGCGACGCCAUCUACCCGUUCUUCAGCCCCUGCACUAACAAGUCAGGCAAAAAUGAUGUGCCACUCACCAUUACACCUGUUCUGAUCACUGACUGAACGAUAAGAUUAUCAAGGCCAGAUUACUGUAAAUACUGUACAAAAGAUUGAAACAUCUGUGUAAUUUAUAUAUGUUCUUGGGCCUUUCUGAUACAUUAGCUUUCACAGUUAAAUAUAGUAGCAGAAUCAUAUUUAGGAUUAGGAUCUUUACAUGACUUAUAUUUUUAUAAGAUUAUUCAACCUACUUUGUUUUAACCUGUCUUAUCCAACUGCCAGACGAUUUUGCUUAUAUCAAGCAUUAUUUCUUGAAACCAAUAAAAGGAUCUGCCGA